AUGGAGGCACGGGCGAGCUCGCCGCGCGGCGGCCGCCUCGCCGCUUCCCCCGGACGACCUCCUCCUGGAGAUCCUCAUUCGCCUCCCGCCGGAGCCGAUCCACCUCUUCCGCGCCUCCUUCGUCUGCAAGCACUGGCGCGGGCCCUCGACUGCCGCCACGGCCGCGCCCUCUUUGAGAGCUGCCGCACUGGGACGCUGCUCGUCUGGGACCUCGUGACCGGCGACGAGCGCUACCUGCCGCUGCCCGCGCAGACCUGUCAUGGGAGCUUUGAGUACAAUGGCGCGGUUCUGUGCGCGGCUGGCCACGCCAACCACGGCAACUGCCAUUCGUGUCCAUUCCUCGUGGUCUUCGUGUUCAGUAACAAGGUUGAUUUCAUCACCUCCGCGUGCGUCUUCUCGUCCGAAACCGGUGUCUGGGGUGAGAUCACUUCGAUUCUUAUGCCAUAUGCAUUAGUUCAGACAAAGCCCACGGCUCUGGUUGGGAACACAAUCUAUUGGCUGUUGGACGACUGCAGCAUCUUUGAGUUUGAUUUGGAUAAGCAUAUGCUGGCUCUAACUGAGGAGUUCCCAUAUGACGCACUAGAAAGCUAUGACAGACAGAUUGUCAUCAUGCCGACAGAUGAUGGAUGGCUUGGUUUGGCCGGAGUUGAAGAAUUCAAUCUCCAUCUGUGGUCAAAGGUGGUGAGCGUUGACGGGGUAGUGACAUGGACACACCAAAGGGUCAUUGAUCUCAAAAAGUUUCUUCCUCCGGAAGUAGUGGGGGCGUGUAUGGUUCAAGAUAUUCGAGCGGAGGCAGUUGGCUACGCGGAAGAUGCUGAUGUGAUCUUCAUUGAUGUGUAUCCUAGCAUCUACAUGAUCCAUCUCAAGUCCAUGAAGAUCGAGGAGGUGUCGAAGGAACAGAUAUGUGGCCAAUACAUUUUUCCUUACACAAGUUUCUAUGCUCCAGGAAUUACCAUUGGUGGUGAAAAUGAUCAAGUUGAACUGUUGAACAACAGUUGA